UCGGUUCUGGGAAACUUCCACGCACGGUCAACUUUUCCCUGAACGACACAUCUGAUCUACGUCCCUCACUGGUAGUCUCUGUAUUAGUGCUAGCAGUCCUUCGUUGGAAAAAACCUCGUUCGUAUCACUAUUCCGACAAUGACGACGCCAUCGCUGGUACAACGCAGUCGUCGACCGCAUUGGACCCGCGUAGCGGCCCUGUUGGUGAGCAGCCAUGGUGCGUGGGCCUCGAAGCUUCCUCCUUUGGCGCGUCCCUCCGUCAGUCAUACGAUCGACGACGACGCGAUGGAAACGUACGGUAUGGAAGAACUGUACGCGAUUGUCGACGAGUCGUACAGUGACCAGAAGGACCGGUCGCCGCAAUCCCAGACCAUUCUGGCGUCGUCGCGCACUAGCCAGAGUAACUACGAUAGCGUCGACAACGAGGGGUACAAAUCACAAGAGGAAUGGUGGAAAGAUCCUUUAGCACUCUUUGACGAAGACGAGGAAGAGAACGACGGGUACGAGCAAGGACGGUCCGCGGGGGAGGAGUUGCAAAUGAUUUCCGAAGACAAGGAUGGUGUCCCACACGAGAACAAGGUGGGACAAGAACAUCAAAGAGUUCCUCUCGAAGAGCUUUUUCCGAAUUUCGAGAAAACAGACGGCGCCGAUCCAGCGGCCUCGAGUCGGAGCGAAAAACCGUCCGCAAGAAAGUCAACGCGCCAGAUCCGUUCCGCAUCCGGUAAGGGAGUUGUCAAAGUGCCUCCCCGUCGUGGAAGCACUGCCAUUUCGACGGAUUGGAUCAAAACUUUACCCAUGUUGACACCAACGCUCCUGCCCAAACUGCAGCAAGUCCUAGUGCACCUUCCGGCUGCCAAAGUAAUGGCCGCACUAGCACUGGGUACGGGCUUGACGCAGUUGCUCAACGCGGCUCCCAAAUGGGCUGAGAACGGCAAGAAAAGACUCGACGAGGCUGCCGCUUCCAAGAAUAAGAACAAAAAGAAAAUUGACAGCAACGAUAAUGUUGACGAUGCGGAACAAGAAGCGGUCAUCGAACCAGACGAAAUGGUCACUGAACGGGAGGCGGCUGCGCGCGCGAAACAACGACGCCGUCGUCAAGCGGCCGCCGCCACGUCUGCCAAGAAUUCAAACCUGGCGCUGAAGGCUGGUAAGGGCAAUUCCGGUGGGGGCUGGAUGUCGGGCUGGCGGGCCAAAAUGAGUAAGACGGAUAGCCGUGGCCAGCGUAUUCCAUCCGCCCACAAGUUACUCGAACAAGUCCAGGAGCUGCAACGUCUUUUGGAGACUGCCGCAGCGGACAAGACUAACGCGGAACGCGAGUACGAAAAAGCCUCCUGGCAACUACAAGAGUCGGUGUCGGAAUUGAGUGCGGUCAAGUCCACGACCCGGUACUUGCAAAGCCAACUCAAGGAAAACGAAGAAAUGUUAGCUCGCGUUGUCCAGACGGAACGCCUCAAGGCGAAGGAAGAAUUGGUGCGGAUGAAAGAAGCCAUGGUACUGGUGGUGGAACGCGAACGGGAAGCCAUGCGGGAUGAAUUCAUGAAACAGGCGGCUGAGUUGCAGACCCUGUGGAAAAGAGAACAGCACCGUCACCGGCAGCAGGCUGCCAAGCGUCCACCGUCACGGCGCAGCAGUGCCGCCGCACCCGUGCGGUCGUAGCACACUCCGUGAAAUUUAUCUCGCUUAAAAGUCCGAUUCCGUCUCGUACAAACAUACUCGCGUAACACCUAUCUGGAAUCUGUUCGUUGUCAAGUCUGUCGCCUACACCACGUCCAUACCGUAUACACGUAAACUAAGGUCCUGACCGCUGUGUCCAUUACAUUCU